AUGGGCGCAAUCAGAGGAAACAUGAACGGACUAAACGCCACAGCGCUGUACGUGUCUGCCAGCCGGGCCGUGCUGCAGUGUGACCCGCGGCAGCCGCACACUUUCACCGACAUGUACACCCUGCUACCCUUCUUCCGGCAGUCCCUGUCCUGCUUCGUCUGCGGUAAACUACUCCAGGAUCCCAUCUCCCCUGCUCCUCCAGACUGUGGACACAGUGUCUGCUCUAGUUGUAAAGGCCAGAAGAUGCGAAUCAGACUGUCGUGUAAUCGAUGUAAGGACUACUCAUUGUUCCAGGAGAACAAGCAGCUAUCGCUGCUUGUUCAGUGCUAUAGGAAGCUCUGUGUAUAUGUACUGCAUUCGCCCCUGCUACAGUCUAUAAGCAGCACGGGCGGCUCUCCUGAUAUCAUGGCCUUGUUAGAUGAGGUGUUGAUGACUGAAGAGGAGAUGGACGAUCUAAACUUGGUGCAGGAGGAGUCAUCUACUGCCCCAGAAUCCCUCACACCAACAGAGGCUCCUGCUUUGUCUACGGAGGUGUCUGCUGCUCCACAGUGCUCCUCAGAGGCCCCAUGUUCAAACGGACCACAGGAGUGUAACGGGGAGUUGCUGGAGGACCUGGACCCUUCGUCCCCAGAGCUAGAAGUGUGUGAGCUAGUGGAGGAGCCAUCCACUGCUCUCUCAAUGUCUGCUGCCAGCUGUGGGGGCCUGGAACUUAGUCUGACUACUGCUCCUUUAGCUACAAGCACGGGCACCAUUUGCUCACUCAGGGAUGGAGAUGCAAGCAGUAGGGAGCUGGAGGAAGGAGAGGUGCUUCUUCUCAGUGUUGAGGAGGUCUUACAGACUCUAGACCCCCUGCAGCCUGGUAGAGACUCACCUCUUUCAGAAAGGACACACUUGGGCUCAGACCGAGGGCAUACGCAGAUGUACAUUCAGCUGGACUCGGCCCAUAACUAUACACAGAUACAAACAGACAGGACUAACACAGUGACCGCUCAUAGUGUUCACACACAUACACCUUCCCUCGACCCUCCACCAAUCCGCCUUAACCGGAAACGCUCUCAUUCAGAGAGUGACAGGGAGAAGGUCAAGCCCCUCCCCAUCUCCUCCAUCCUUCAGGGCUCUACGUCUCAUGUACAUACUAACCCCUCCCACACACUGCUGCACUCACAGACCUCUGUGCCCUCUAUAACUGUUCCUGCACACACAUACUCAUCUCUCUCAAAUGGAACACCUCCCAAAACCAGUCGACCUGUACAUAACCACAGUAAAGGAGCCAGAAAGCACGUCGACCCAAACCCUAAAAAGCCCCAUGCCAAGCCUCGGACCAGUGGAGGUUCCAAAUCCAAGGACCGGAAUAAAGAACAGCGUCUGUUGUCGGGCUGCAUCAUCCCCACAGGGCCGGUCCGACCUCAGUAUAAAAAACCAGUGGAGAAGAAGGGUUGCAAGUGUGGCAGAGCGACGCAGAACCCCUCUGUGCUGACCUGCAGGGGGCAGCGUUGCCCCUGCUACUCAAACCGUAAGGCCUGUCUGGACUGUAUAUGUCGCGGGUGUCAGAACUCCUACAUGGCAAACGGUGAGAAGAAGCUGGAGGCGUUUGCGGUGCCAGAGAAGGCACUUGAGCAGACGCGGCUCACUCUGGGCAUAAACCUGACGAGUAUCACAGCAGCGGCUGCACUCCGUAACCCGGCAACCACCAGCAUUCGCGGCAACACUCUCCUCAACGUCACCACAGCGACAGGUUCACCGGUACCCACGGCCUUCUUGUCCCCCAGUUCACCAGAGGAGCCCAGCUACGAGGACAGUCUGGAGCUGCUCAUUGGAUAA